AUGGAGGUCGCUCCUGCUGGCGGUGCUGCUGGCGCUGCUGGAGGUGCUGCUGGUGCCGGUGCUACUGGCGCUGCUGGAGGUGCUGCUGGUGCUGGAGCUGCUGGCGGUGCUGCUGGCGCUACUGGAGGUGCUGCUGGUGCUGGAGCUGCUGGAGGUGCUGCUGCUGCUGGCGGUGCUGCUGGCGCUGCUGGAGGUGCUGCUGGUGCUGGUGCUGCUGGAGCUGCUGGAGGUGCUGCUGGUGCUGGAGCUGCUGGAGGUGCUGCUGCUGCUGGCGGUGCUGCUGGCGCUGCUGGAGGUGCUGCUGGUGCUGGUGCUGCUGGAGCUGCUGGAGGUGCUGCUGCUGCUGGCGGUGCUACUGGCGCUGCUGGAGGUGCUACUGGUGCUGGAGCUGCUGGAGGUGCUGCUGCUGCUGGCGGUGCUGCUGGCGCUGCUGCAGGUGCUGCUGGUGCUGGUGUUGCUGGCGCUGCUGGAGGUGCUGCUGGUGCUGGUGCUGCUGGAGCUGCUGGAGCCACUGGUCCUGGAGGUGCUCGUACUGGAGGUACUGGAGCUGCUGGGACUGGGCCUGCUGAGGGGGUUGGAGCUGGAGGUGCUGAGCGGCCGCGGCCGUACUACGUUCCGCUCCUUCAGCAGGUCCUUGGUCUCUCGCCCUCUACUGGUCCUUCUCCUCCCCUACUGAGCCUACCGUCUGUCCAGUCGCAGUCACAGUUACAGCCUGCCUCUCCGCUGCCUGCUCCUUCUCCUUACACUGCGCCGACGGGUAGUCUUACGGAGCGUCGUGAGCCUGAGUCUUGUCCUCUGUCGCCUGAGUCUAGUCCUGCGUCUCCUGAGUCUCGUCCAGAGUCGCCUGUCCGCGCUGCCCGCACUGGUCGUCGUGUUCCGCGUGAGCGUCCUCCUCCUGUCCUUGGCACUCACUAUAUGACCCUGCGUCCUUCCACUACUCCACAGCGUGUCCCUCUGCCGUCUCCUCCUGCGUCCUCUCUUCCUGACGUUGCUGACCCGCCGUCAGACCUUGCUCGUGCUGCCAGUCCUACUGUCGCGCGUCUCCUUGCCACUGUUGUCACUGACCCUUCCUUUGAGUCCUCUGCUGCGUCUGCUCUAGUCGCUGAGCUUGUUGACUUUGCUGCCGCCUGUCGUCUAGACUACGCCGCUAGCCUUGUUGCUGAGUCUGAGUCUGUCUGUCCUCCGUCCGUCGGGGGUGAGUGUGCUCUUGGCACGGACGUCCUUGAGGACAGACAGGAGGAGUUUGAGUGCUUUGCUGCUGCUUUACCUCAUCUCGUGUCCAUGCUGAUUGCCCCUGAGGGAGACCCGGAUGCACCAGACAUCCCGACCCCACGCUCUUACGCAGAGGCGAUGGAGGGUCUCUACUCCUCUCAGUGGCAGACAGCCAUGGACGCAGAGAUGGCUUCCUGGAAGUCCACAGGCACCUACGUCGACGAGGUUCCCCCACCUGGGGCGAACAUCGUCAGUGGCAUGUGGAUUUUCAGGGUGAAGCGGCCGCCGGGGUCUCCGCCUGUCUUCAAGGCGCGUUACGUUGCACGAGGCUUCAGUCAGCGAGAGGGAGUUGACUUCUUCCAGACCUUCUCCCCGACCCCGAAGAUGACCACUCUUCGGGUUCUGCUGCACGUCGCUGCUCAGCGUGACUACGAGCUCCACUCUCUUGACUUCAGCACUGCGUUCCUACAGGGCAGCCUGCACGAGGAGAUCUGGCUGCGCCGCCCACCUGGCUUCACUGGUUCGUUUCCUCCUGGUACCCAGUGGAGCCUCCGGCGGCCAGUCUACGGUCUCCGCCAGGCACCCCGUGAGUGGCACGACACACUGAGGACUACGCUUGCGGCUCUUGGGUUUGCUCCUUCUACUGCUGACCCGUCGCUGUUUCUACGCACCGACACCACUCUGCCGCCGUUCUACGUUCUCGUGUACGUCGACGACUUGGUCUUUGCUACUGCUGACACUGAGGCACUCGCCCACGUGAAGUCGGAGCUGCAGAAGAGACACACGUGCACAGACCUGGGUGAGCUGACAAGCUAUCUUGGCUUGCGGAUCACCCGGGACAGAGCACAGCGCACCAUCACCUUGACUCAGUCACACAUGGUGCAGCAGGUCCUUCAGCGCUUCCGCUUCACGUACUCCUCGCCUCAGCCCACUCCUCUGCCUACCGGUCACUCGCUCUCAGCUCUGCCUUCGGAUGAGUCCGUAGAGCCGAGUGGCCCGUAUCCAGAGCUUGUGGGCUGCCUCAUGUACCUGAUGACCUGCACUCGACCUGACCUUGCAUACCCUCUUAGCAUCCUAGCACGCUAUGUCGCUCCUGGCCGUCACCAGAAGGAGCACAUGGAUGCUGCUAAGAGGGUGUUGCGCUACUUGUGCAGGUUACACCUUCAGCCUUGGCUCUGGCUCUGUUUCCUGGCGCUCUACACGCUCUUCCUCUGUUCUCAGCUCCAGUUGUGA